AUGUAUGCUUUGAGUAUCUAUACGAUAUUAGGCAUUAUUACAAUAAAGUAUUUAUCCUACAUAUUACUAUCAUUUGAUGAUAAGUUUUAGUAAAACAAGCUUCCAUUUUUAAUAAAAUCUAUUGGAUUGUAUGGGCAAUUAUUUUAUACUGUUUUCCAUAUGUUAUUUUCAACAUUAAGUUGCUUAUUUAUAUAUCAGCAGUAUAAAUAAGUAGAGAUAAGCAAUCUUAAUUACAUUCAUAUAUUAUUUGGAAUUUUAUGUUUUGUGAUAUUAUAAUUGGAGGCAAUUUAUCAUUUAUAAAUAACUGAAUAAUCAAUAGAUGGUAAGAUUAUAUGUUUUGAUAGAUUAAGAGUAACAGUUAAAGAAUACAUAAUUUAAUUUUUAAACUUAAUUAUCAUUAUUUUAUUUUCAGUUGUGGAAAAAUCCUAGAUUGUUUCUUGGAUUAUUCAUUUACUUGUUUUAUUGAGCUCUUCAUUGAAUGCCAUCAAUUUAUAACAGAAUUAAAUAGUCAUAGAAAACUCUAAAAAAUUUAUUAUUUACUUUUCUGAUUCAUUUACAAUGGUCUAUGUAGGUUAUUCUCUUAUCUAAUUAAUUCUUUAGAGCCAAUCAUUUCAAGUCAUUAUUUACACAAUCUUCUCCUUUCCUUUAUUACUUUAAAUAUUAAUUAAAGUAGAUUAACACUUAAAUUAUAUUAUUUUUCAUUAGGCGUUUGAGAGAACAAAGAUAUAAUUGUUUGCCAUAACUUAAUUGCUAAUUAAAAAAUAAAAUAAUUCUAAAUUUCCAGCCAUUUUGAAAUUAUUCAUUUAUAAUCAUCAUAAAAAGAAAUGUAAUGACAUCUAAUGUUAUUGCCAUCACAAUAAGCUUUUAAUUGAUCCUAAGGAUACAGCUACAAUUACAUCUGAAAUAGACAAAGGUUUCAUUCAAAAAAAGUUAAAAUAAAUAAGAAAAUUUAUUAUGAAUUAUAAAUUUGACAAUUUGGAUGAUCUUUAAUAUUAUACAGUUUUAUAUGGUGCAUUAUUGUCCAAUAAUGGUUGGCCAAUAUAAUCAAUAAGACAUUUUAAUUAAUUAAUAUAUGGUCGAAAAAAUUGGAGAAGUUCUCAACAAAGCAUCAAUUAAUCAAUUUUAAAACCUAACUCCUUUUCUGUAACCUAAAAAAAUGAUUCUUCAUCUCAAACAAUAAAUGAACCUGAGAAAAAGUUUCAAGAAAUUUAAAUGAAUGAUCAAAAGCGGUUUUAGAAAAACACUUUAACUUAGAUGGUGAAAUUUGAUUUUAUUCAAAUUUAAAAAAUUUAAUUUUUUUUAACUGAGACGAAAUAUUAACUGAAAAAUUUGUUUGGGGGCCAUUAGCUUACAGCAGAACAACAUAGUUUGUCAGAAUAAAUAUAAGCUUUUAUGAAAUAGGAACUCAAAAUGGAUUAACAUGUCAAUGAAAUUAAGAAAAUCUUAAAGUUGAAAAUCAAAUAUUUUGAAAAUCUAAAUUAGCAAAUUAAGGAAAAAAAAAUUUCUUAAAUUAUGAAAGGUCUAUCCUUAAUUACAAAUAAAUUGAUGAUAUUUAAAAAUGUAUUAAAACUUGAAUAUGAUAAUUAUCAAAGUAAAAGGCUACUAUCACUAUAAAUCUUUUACGAAGCAGAAAUCUUUAGAAACAUAUUAGGGGCUUUUAAAUUAUACAACUAAGCAUCUCUUUCCGAAGAUUCAAUAGCAAUAUUAAAUUAAAAUAUGAAUGUUAAAUUUUAUUCUAAUAAAAUAAGCUAUAUCAUUUUAGAGAUAGAUGAUGAUUUAUAAGGAGCAGAAAUAAUAAAAUAUUCAACUAAUUUAAGACAAAUGAUUGAGUGUAGUCCUAACGAUGAAAUAAAUUUCUAUUCUCUAUUUCUACCUUUUAUAUCUAGAGAACAUCCAUUGUUAAUAUCAAAAUUUUUCAAAAUUGGAUAAUCUAAAUUUUAUAAAUAAUUCAAUUAAAGUUUUAUAAAAACAAAAAAAGAUUUGGCAAAAUCAAUUAUUUUUAGCUUUGACAAUGUAGUCUAAUUAGAGUAAGAAAAAAUUACAAUUAUUGGAUUAUUAUAAGAAAUCGAUAUUUAAAAUCCUUUUAUUAUGGUGGAUGUCAAUUAGGUUGUAGGAGGAAUAACAAAAUCCUUGCUUUCUAACUUAGGCUACAAUUAGGUUUUCAUAGACAACAUAACAAGUUUUCUUGUCUUCUACCAAAUAAAAAUAACAUAAAUAUUUUCUGAUUUUAAUGAAUUCGUAUAAAAUGAGAAUUAAUAAUCAGUUUUAAAAUUCAGUAACAUAGAUACAUGUUUUAUUGAUUUAGAAUAUUUUUUUAAUGAAUUGCAAAAUGAAAAUUUUGAUUCAAUUCAUCAGGAAGCAUAGUUUUUGCUGAAAUUAUGGGAUGAUCAGCAUGUAAAAUCGUAUUAUUCAAGUAUUACUAUUUAUGUUUAUGAAAUUUAUGGUUACAAUUAUUAUGUUAUACAAAUUGAUUCUUUGGUUUAAACUUAAAAAUUUACUAAAACUUAAGAUAAAUCUAGCGAAAGUAUAAAAAAUCACGAAUAAUCAUAAAGUUUUGAAAUCAGUUAGUUAAAUUUAUCCAUAGAAGAAGCUAUGCCAAGGCUCAUUAAUUAAUUUACAAUAAGAAAUAGAGAAACAUAUUCCUAGAAUAUGCAAAAGAAUAGCUAAAUUAUCAAUUUAUUUGCAGUUAAAGAAGUUGAUUAAGAAGAAGUUUAUCUAAAGAUGGACUAACUUUAAAUAAUGCUAUCUCCUAAUAAAAGCACUAGUCAAUUAAUUGAAAAACAACAAAAUAAAUUGUUACGUCUUUCAUCAUAAUAAGAUUAUUACACCAUAAAUACAUAUUAAAAACUAAAUAAACAUCAGAAUAGUAUGGAUCAUGAUGGUUUCAAUUUAAGAGCGGAUUAAAAAUAAAUUGAAAAUUUAUUGAAAAAUUCAUUACAAUUAACAGAUGUUGGGGGUAAUAGUGAAAUUAUAAAAAAAUAUGAAUUAUUGGACUCUUUGACUAAAUUAAAAAUUCCUAAAAUUUUAAAAAUUGCCCUGGCUACUUUUAUUUUAUUUGUGCUGAUUUAAACUAUAUGCCUAUUCUUAGUUGUAUCAAUUCUUCAUAAUGAUAUAUAAUAAUUUAUUUCAGAUAUCGAGAUUAUUGCUCUGCAUGCAAGCAUAUAAGGACCUCAUGAUUUAUUUUUCUCAAUGAGAAAUACUAUCACUUCAUAUCAAUAGAUGGCAAGAGAAGGAUUUAUUCCUACUAGCAAAGUUACAAAUUUGACUGAACCAUACUAUCUAAAUAUUUAAUUUGGAUAUUACGAAUUGAGAGACAGUUUUUAUCAUUAACUAGACAAUGAUUAUUUGAAAAUGUUUUUAGAUGAAGAGGAGAUGACACUACUAUUUAUGAGAAACAAUGAUACAGAAAAUUAUGCUAUGGAACCUAAGACAUUUAGAGAAUGUUUAUUGAUUAUACUACAAUAUUAAUUUGCAUAAAUGAGAACAUUUUAAAAGAGACAGAGCACAGCAGGCUAACCUUAUUAAGUUUUUCUUUUUUCAAAUUAUUAUAAUAUCCAAGAUAAACUUGAAGGCAUUACAAAUGAUAUAUUAUAAUAUUCUAAAAAUAGAAGUAGAAAUGUAGGAAUCAAAUGGUAAAUAAUUUGUUUAUUUUUUGCCCUAAUUAUAAUAAUCAACUCAAUUUUUCUUAUGAGUGAAUUUCAUCAAUAUUAUAAGUUAUAUGAUCGAUUUUUAUAGUUAUUAAAUUUUGUUGAUAAAUAAAAAGUACAAUUGGAAAUUGACAAACUUAAUCAAUUAUAGAAAUUGAUUACUGCAAAUUAAGAAUUUAUAUACUCAUAUUAGUUUGAUCUUCAACGCUAAGAAUAAAUGAUGAAUAAUUAUGUGGCUUUAAACAAAAUCUAAAAUGCAAAGAAAAUCGUAGAAAAUGAUGCGUCAAUUAAAUUUGCAAGAAGAAAUAUUUUGGUGUUUUUGACUUUUGUAGCUUGCAUAUUUUCAGUUUAUAUAAUAGUUAUUUAAAUUAAAACAAAUGAAUAUAUAAGUAAGUAUGAUGACACAGCAGAUUUUUACUUUAUGAUAUAAAAUUUAAAAUUCAGAAGUGGAUCAAUGUAUAUGUACAGAGAACAUUUGUUAAGAUGGAAAAAUUUUACUUAUUUAACAGCUUACGAUUUAGAUAGAGCAUAUUUACUAAUUGACAAAGCAUAAACUAAUAUUUAACAAUAUUUAGUUUUUACAAGUUCCUUUUAGGCAGAUAAAUAUUUAUUAUCUGACUAAUUUAUUUCUUUUUUUGAAUAUUAGUAAACUCAUGAUCUCUGCGAAUUUGUGGAUUAAAUAUAUCUCAAUUUUAUGUCAUUGUAUUGUGAAAAAUCAUUUGAUGGCCUAUUAAAAACAGGUUAAAUAUCAGUUCUUAAUUUUAUGUCAAGUCAAAUUAAAAGUUAAUAGGCUGUUAAUAAUUUUACUAAAAGAGCUGAAGUAAAUCUGUAUGAAUUAGAAGGGUCUUAAAUAGUUAUUAGAUCAUUUUUUAGGAUUUCAGAUGAAUUUUAGGUAGGAUUGAAAUAAAUUACCACCGAAUAAAAUGAAUUCACUCUCAUAAUUACGGUUAUAUUUUUUUGCUAUUUGAUUAUUUUCCUAUUAGUUGUUGUGUUUAUACUCAAGAAUCUAUUAGUAAAGGAAUAUGCUAUGUUAAGAAGGAUUGUAUAUUUAGUACCACAAUAGAUAGUAUUAGGAGAUGAAUCUUUCUAGAGAUUUUUAAAGCAGUUAGCCUUAAAUUAAGAAUUAAAAUGA